CAAUCUCAAAGCUUCGUCAACAAAUCCAACAUAUAUAAAGAGAGUCCAUCUUAACAAAACAUACAAAAAUCUCAAAUUCCAACCCUUUUUCUAGCUUUCUAAUUCGAUCUACUUAUCAAUCUUUUAGUGUGAUCAUGGAGAAAAACUUUAAGCUAAGGAGCAAGAUCUUGAAGAUAUUACCAAGUAUCAAUUUAACAUUUCAAAAUAAUCCAUUCAGCCCAGGUAAGAAUCACAAAUCAAAACAAGAUAACGCAAAAAAUUGGGCUAGGCCUCAUAAGGGAUUUUCAGGCCCAAUUGUAUCCAUAAAGCCCAAGGGUAUUAAUGGAAUUGAAAAUGAAGAACCCACUUCACCAAAAAUAUCGUGUAUGGGACAAAUCAAGCACAAAAAGAAACAAAUCAAAAAAGUUAAAGACAUCGUAGAAGUGAAGAAACACGUAACCACUUUUCAAAAGAUGUUGUUACAUGUGGGGAAGCCAAAAUCUGAGGGGAGGAGAAGGAAAUCAGAUGCAACUGCGGCUCAGGAUAACAAGUAUGCACUUGAGGAAAGAGCAACGCAUUUGAGUCAAAUGAAACGGUUUGCAAGUGGACGUGGCACUUUUGCUAAUUUUGAUUGGAAGGCUCAAGUAGUGGCAGAGGAAAUAGAGGAUUAUUAUUCGGAUGAAGACAGAAUGAACGGUGAUGAUGAUGAUGAUGAUGAAGAAGAGGAGUUCAUGAUACCUUUCUCUGCACCUAUUUUGCUUGGUGGUGGUGGGGUUGGUGUACUUGAUAAUUUGAAGCCACGAAAAGAAAUUAAUCUAUGGAAGAGAAGGACUAUGGCUCCACCAAGGCCCCUUCAAUUGGAUAAAGUACAUUAGAUUAGACCAAACUAGUUCUUAAUUUGGUUAUUAAAAUGAAGACUUGUUCUUUUGAUUUUUAUUUUAUUUUUUUUAUAUUUAUUUGAUUAAAUUUAGUUUAUUAGAAUUUUUGUGUAUAUUUUUUAUUUUUUGAAAACAUUUUGUGUAGAGGACUAUUCAGAUAUUUAACUGCAAAAACAUGUGUAAUUAUCGAUAUUUUAAAGUUGAUUAUAAGUUUUUAAGUUGAUAUAAAAUUAUUUGAUAUGUGAGA